UCCCGGCAUCUUAUUGUGACGAAAGCGUACGCUACGUUCGCACCGAGCGACGAAACGAGAUAUCAUCGAUUGUCGUGUAGUGGGGCCCCACAACGUGACUUGCCGUUUCGGAUCGGAUUUUCUCGCGUAUGAUGGCGACUACGUCACCAGCUGGCGAUUUAUCGCAGCCGUAUAUGGUUGGGACGCGUAGUGGUGUCGUUCCAGCUGGUUCACACGGUGUUCCAAUAGUCGCUGAAGUUCGCUCCUUGUGCUCGCCAUCGGGCGCAGUUCCGGCCGCGUCUUCCGCGCCGCGUCAUUCAUCCUCACCCCCCGGGCAUGCGUCGGACCUCGUCCCACCGGUGGCGGGCGCGCGACAGUUAGCCAAGUUGAAGCGCUUUCUGACGUCGAUACUGCAAUACGCGCACGACAUCUCACCGGAUAUCGGCGACAAAGUGCAAGAUCUCGUCGUUCGUGUGCUGAAUUCGCUGAUAACUCCCGAGGAAUUCCACAAACAGUUCCAGGAAGUCACCAACUUUCCUCUCCGUUCGUUCGUCUUGCCUUUUCUCAAGCAAAAUUUGAGUCUGUUGGCUAAGGAGCUACUGCAGGUGUCCGGCAGUGGCAGGUCGGCGAGUCUCGGUCAACGGUUUGUGCAGCAGGUGCAGGGAUCGCCUCGAGUCGGAGUGUCAUCACUGAACCUGUACGAUAAACGACCAGCAAGCAUUGCAGACGUCGACGCCCUAACUCCGGCUUCCGAGGAGCGAAGGAACAUAAUGGACACAAAAGAAAGGUCAGCAGAUGCUCUCACUAAGGCAAUGGACUCACUAGCUCCACCGCCUAAGAAACCGAAACUCGUUGGGGAUGUUGCCUCUGGUCGAGAUCCACAGUCUCCUGUCACGUCUGUGACUGGAGGGUUGAGGACUGCCGUUGCUGUUGGAACGAGGGGAGGGAGUAGUUCGAUACCGAAUGGUACGGACGUGGGGAUAUUGUCGGGUGGAAAGCUUGUGGAGCCUCCUGAGUUGGGCAACAAGUGUGCGGACGACUGGCAGCAUAUUGACACUAUGUUGCAGUGUGUGAUGGGAAUGGUGGAUCGAACAAAGCGUGCCGUCGCCGUCUUGCAACAGAGAGCUCAAGCGGAUCGCGACGAGGUCAUUGGCUGGGCAAAACAGCAAGUCAACAAUGCAGAGCUGGAAGUGAAACGUAAAGCAGGAGAAGUGAUGGCCAAAGCAAUGAAACAAGCGGAAGAAUCCGUCCACGAAGUGAAGAAACGAGCAGAAGAUGCAGUAGCCGAUGUGAAGAGAACGGCAGUAGUUGAACUACAGAAGGCAGUCACGACAGCCGAAGGAAGGCACAAAGAGGCAAUGGCUGCUCUACAGGCUCAAAUGGAUAAUGGUAUUGCUGAAGCAAGAAGGCAGGCAGCGGAAGAAGCAUUCGAACUUGCCAAUCAGCAAGAAGACAGUACAGAGAAUUGUUGGAAUUGUGGUCGGAAAGCGAGCGAGACAUGUAGCGGAUGUAAUGUCGCUCGAUACUGCGGGUCAUUCUGUCAACACAAAGACUGGGACAAUCACCACCACGUCUGCGGGCAGGUAGUACACCCCCCUGAUCCUACCGAGUCCGGAGAGCAAAUUGUGAACGAGAACACAGCUGAGAACACAGCGGACAACAAGGACCAAACAGACAACCACGACAUGACGGGUCCCAAAGAGGCCGCUGCCGAAGAAACCGAAGGAAACACAAACACGGUGACCAGCAGCGAGGGACAAACGAAGACAGUCAACGAGUUCCCCGUCCAUUCAUAACGUUCAUCUAUCACUUGAGUUAACAGUUUUGAUUUGGAGACAUCAAAUACAGAGUUACUGUUUUGCUAACGUAAUAUUUCACUCAUUUAUCACACGGAAAUACGACAAGGAGGGAAAGUUGUUAUAAUAAAUCACGUUUGCCUA